AUGAUAUGUUCAAUAUCUGGUGAAAUAGCUACUGAUCCAGUGGUGUCACCUAAAAGUGGUAGUAUAUUUCAAAGGAAGCAUAUUGUUAAUUAUAUAGCCACCAGUGGAACUGACCCAAUAAAUGAUGAGCCGUUAACGGAGAGUGAAUUGAUAUCAUUAAAAGUUAAUGAAAAAGCCACAGCAAUAGCACAACCUCCACCACCAGAUCCAUCAAAUUCAUCUAUCCCGUCAUUGCUUUCUACAUUUCAAAAUGAAUGGGAUGCGAUAGUUUUAGAGGUGUUUACUUUGAAGAAACAAUUGCAGAGUGCUAAACAAGAGCUUAGUAUUGCAUUGUAUAGACAGGAUGCUGCUGUUAAUGUAGCAGCUAAGGCGAUCAGAGAAAGAGAUGAAGCAAGAGAAGCAUUAGAAAAAUUAUCUCUGACAAUAAAUUUGUCAGAUGUUCCAGAUAUGAACAAUAAACCUGAAGAGAUGGAACCUAAAGCUAAAAGACCGAAAAAUUCCCUGUCCAAAGAAUCACUGGCAAAAUAUUCACAAGAUAAAGAUGGAGCAAAGAUUGAUUCAGAACAGAUUGAGAACAUUGUACAGGCAAGAGAUGAAUUGUUCAAGUUGCACAAGUCUCAGAAAGUUAAAUUGGCAUUUGAUGUGGAUACUUUCUUGAAACAAAAAGGGGUCGAUAUCCAAACUAUUUUUAAAGGUGAAAAGAUUUCAACCUAUGUUUACAAUAAAGAUAUUGAUACAAUUGUCGCGGUGAGUCAAGAUAAGGUCAUCAAAUAUUCUUUUGAUGAUGGAGCAUCCACAAAGUUGGAUCUCAAGAAUGUCAAGUUGGUGGAAAUAAACAAUAAUGGUGUGGUUGCUGUGCUGUCAGGAACCAAGAUCAUGUUUUCCAAUUUUAAAACAAUUGAAUUGAACUGUGAAGCCCAACAAAUAAUAUGUCAUCCAUCACUAGAUUUUUUUGUUGUGUUGGCAGCCAAGGAAUGGUUUGUGAUAAGUACUGAUUCCAUAGUAGCUUCAUAUAAUGGUCUGUUAUCGUUGGGGGCACUUCAUUACGAUGGUGAGAUCUUGGCCACUAAAAAUGAUAAUAAAAUCAAAUUGUAUAGUAUAGUUUCUGGUGAUGAAUUAGGAACGUUUACUCCAACUUAUGAAAAUAUUGCUAAAUUAGAAUUUGCUACUAAUGGAUAUUGGUUACUAGCUUUGUCAACAGCCGACAAUAUCAGCUCCAUUCAGAUUUUUGACUUGCGAAAGGGAACCGAAGUCCAAAAUCUACAAUUCAAUGAAGUGGCAACCAAAAAAAUUGGUAAUAUUAUGUUUUAUAGUUUACACAGUUUUUUUAAAUAUUUGUAA